CUCUUGCAUAUGUCGCUUAAAUUACAUACAUUUUGACAGUUGAUGCUUAUUUUAUCUGUUAAAAAAAAAAAUUGUUUCGUUAUUAAUGUGUCUAAAAUAGUAUAAUAAAAUAUAUAAACAUGGCAGAAGAAGGCGAUGCGGUUAUGGCGAUGACUGUAAAAGAACCUCUGGAUUUGAUCAGACUAAGUUUAGACGAAAGAAUUUACGUUAAAAUGCGGAAUGAGAGAGAAUUACGUGGAAGACUUCAUGCCUUUGAUCAACAUCUCAAUAUGGUACUGGGAGAGGCAGAAGAAACUGUUACAUCUGUUGAAAUUGAUGAAGAAACUUAUGAAGAAGUCUAUCGUACCACUAAAAGAAGUAUUCCAAUGUUAUUUGUGCGUGGAGAUGGUGUAAUAUUAGUAUCACCGCCAAUGAGAAUUGGUGGAUAGAAUUUAUAUUUCUUUAACAUUUGAUAGUUGUUGUGUAAUGUAUAUUUAAAUAUAAGGUUUUGUACCUGCCUUAUAACGUACUGGAAUGAGUACAUUAUUUUUAUGAAAUAUUAAAGAAGUUUGAUGGGGCAUUUACACAAUUAUGAUUCCUUUGUCCUAUCUUAAUCUGAAUUAAUUGAUAAUGAUUUCAUGUACAUACACCUAUCUCUCGUUUUGCAUAGAAGAUACGUUC